AUGAAGAAUGACAAUUAUCCUCAGUACAUGCGGCUCUCUAAAUUCGUGGUGCGCCGGCGACGAGAGGAAUGCAAAGUAGCAACACCGACGUUCCCGCGCCUUUCACGUGAAACCGAAGAGUCAGGGUUGCAACUCUCAAAAAAGAAACUUGCUCUGGUUACAUUAUUCAUUAUCUGUAUUCCUAAAAUGUCAGUUGAUUUAAUGGGCAUUGCUUACGAUUUCUAA